UCCGGCGCAGCGACACAGAUAGCCAACAGCUAGCUAGCGGCCUAAUAGCAGUUUGUUAGUAAAUAGAGAAGACAAAAGCGCUUUAAAUAGUAAAUAUUGUAGUUUUUUUCCUUGUAUGUGAACGCCACUGCUCAUUUCAAAACAAACGGUCCGUUUUGUUAACGACACGCUUUUUUUUAUUUAUUUUUUGCUUGGAAUGUUUUUUUUAUAUGUAUUUAUUUUAUAAACCUUUAUUUAUACAUUUCAACAUUUAAAAAAAGUUGAGGCGUAAAAAUCAAAGUAAGUACAAAAACGGUACAACGACACGCUUUUGUCCGACGACGUCACUGAGGCGUGACGUCACUCCCUGAGGGGCGGGGCUGGGACGGUGUCAGAGCGUGUCAGGACCCUGCGUGUCUGCAUUGUCACGGGCAAGAUGGGCAGGAACGCGCUGGUGUUCGUGUUCGUGCUGCUGGGCGUGUGCGCGGCCAACAAAUGGAAGAGGAACUUUAGGUGUCCCUCGGGAUGCUCCUGCACCAAAGAGAGCAUCAUGUGCGUGGGCAGCUCGCACGUGCCGAGGACCAUCCCCAGUGACGUCACUUCACUGAGCAUCGUGAACGGCUCCCUGGCAGACAUCCCAGAGGGGAUGUUUGCUCUCAUGCCUUCCCUGCAGCUCCUGCUUUUAAAUGCAAAUUCUUUGACGACGAUUAAAGACAACGCAUUCCACGGCCUCCCACAUCUGGAAUAUUUGUUCAUUGAAGGGAACAAGAUUGAAAGCGUGGCCAAAAAUGCCUUCCGAGGUCUCCGAGAUGUAACUCACCUGUCCCUCGCCAAUAACAAGAUAAGGUUUCUGCCAAGAGAUCUAUUUUUUGACUUGAAUUCCUUGUUGGAACUAGACCUGCGGGGCAACCUUUUCCAGUGCAGCUGUGAGAACAAGUGGCUGAUGACGUGGCUAAGGAACACCAACACCACUGUGUCGGAAGUGUACUGCGCUGACAAGAAGGGCGAGCGACUCAAGGAUUUCCCUAUCGCGCCAGGCCAGUGCAUGUCGACAGACUUUGUGCGUCACCAGUCUAUUCCCAUCCAGUCUAUGUCUGCGGACAUCUUCUCCUUUAAAGAAGACAUCUACGUCGCCAUGGCUGCACCCAACUCCAACAGCUGCAUUGUCAUGGAAUGGGACCACAUCGAAAUGAAUUUCAGAACAUUUGACAACAUAACAGGUAAAUCUGUGGUCGGGUGCACAUCGGUUCUGGUGGACGACCACAUCCUGAUCAUCAUCACGCAGCUCUUCGGAGGCUCUCAUGUCUACAAGUUUGACGAUCAACAGAACCAGUUCACCAAGUUCCAGUCCAUGGAGGUCUUCAACAUCUCCAAGCCAAACGACAUGGAAGUGUUCCGCGUGGACGGCGAGUGGUACUUGGUGAUUGUGGACAGCUCCAAAGCGGGCCUGUCUACACUUUACAAGUGGAGCGACCAACCGGACCGCAACCGAACAGGCUUCUACACCUACCAGUUCCUCCACGAGUGGUUCCGCGAUACGGACGCAGAGUUUGUGGAAGCGGACGGCAAGUCCUACCUGAUUUUAGCCAGCCGCUCUCAGCCACCUGUCAUCUACCUGUGGAACAAGAGCACGCUGAAGUUCCUGCUCCACGCUGACAUCCCCAUCAUUGAAGACGUGGUGGCCGUCAAAGCCUUCCGUCUCCAAGGUGACUUGUAUCUGGCCAUGACCUGCUACAUCGGCGACUCCAAAGUCCUGAAAUGGAGCAGUAAGCAGUUCACAGAGGUGCAGGCUCUACCCUCUCGAGGGGCCAUGGUCCUCCAGCCCUUCUCCUUCGGGGACAAACACUACCUGGCUCUUGGCAGCGACUACUCCUUCACUCAAAUCUACCUCUGGGACUCCCAGACCAAAACCUACCACAAGUUCAAGGACAUCUACGUACAGUCUCCACGCUCUUUUACCGCCGUCUCCACCGACCGCAGGAAUUUCAUCUUCUCUUCCAGCUUUAAGGGCAAGUCCGUGGUGUUUGAACAUGUUAUAGUAGAUUUAAGUUUAUAAGGCUAGUGGCGUUUCAAAGCAAUUCCGUUAGCUUCUUUAUGCAACUAAACCAAAGGAGAUGAAAUCAAUCAUUGCAGUGGAACUUCUAAUAGCUUCUGGUGAGCUGGCUGGCUCCUUGCAUGGUCGUCUCCAACGCCGACCUUCACACGUCCAUGCAGUAAAGCAGGGGUAGGGAACCUAUGGCUCUAGAGCCAGAUAUGGCUCUUUUGAUGACUACAUAUGGCUCUCAGAUAAUUAUAUUUAUAUAGCGCUUUUCUCUAGUGACUCAAAGCGCUUUACAAAGUGACACCCAAUAUCUAAGUUACAGUUAAACCAGUGUGGGUGUCACUGAGGGCAGGUGUGUAAAGUGUCUUGCCCAAGGACACAACGGCAGUGACUAGGAUGGCGGAAGUGGGAAUCGAACCUGGAACCCUCAGGUUGAUAGCACGGCCACUCUACCAACCGAGCUAUGCCGAGUAACCGUGUAAUACUCUUCCAUAUCAGUAGGUGGCAGUCAAUAGCUAAUUUCUUUGUAGAUGUGGGAAACAGCGGGAGGCAGAGUGAAGGUAAAAAGGUGUCUAAUGCUUAAACCAGGGGUAGGGAACCUAUGGCUCUAGAGCCAGAUGACUGCAUCUGGCUCUCAGAUAAAUCUUAGCUGACAUUGCUUAACACGAUAAGUAAUGAAUAAUUCCGCUGGUAAUCACAGUUUCAAAAAUAACGUUCAAAUUUUAAAACAUUCUCAUGCAAUUUAAUCCAACCAUCCGUUUUUUACCGCACCUGUUAAAGAUGUUGCAUUAAUGGUAAGAAGUAUUAUAUGUAUUAUUGGUUAACUUUUAUAAUAACAAUGUUGUUAAAAAAAUAAGAGACUUAUUAUACUCUACAAAUGUUGGUCAUACUUAAAAAUGUACAAAUUUAGUGGUCUUCAGUGUUGAAAAAUGUUAUAUGGCUCUUACAGAAAUACAUUGUGAAAUAUUUGGCUUUCAUGGCUCUCUCAGCCAAAAAGGUUCCCGACCCCUGCAGUAAAGGAUAGUUGUGCUUGUUGUGCACCAAUACCUGAUAGAUGUCUGCUUUCACUGCAUCCUGCAAAAGCAAUUAAGGAGGGCGUUUGGUGUUUGCUGCAAUCGACUCAUCCCAUGACAGCAUGACUGUUGCUAACAUGCACAUUUAUUGACCUAUGCAAAAUGCAGACGACCACAAGUCUGUGCUGCUAUUGGGAUGCAAAUUGUAUAGUUUUUGGGAUUGCAGAUCAUUUGGUGCAUGCGAGACACCAACAUUUCAUGCUUGCCAACCCUCCCGGAUUUUCCGGGAGACUCCCGAAAUUCAGCGCCUCUCCCGAGAUCCUCCCGGGACAAAUUUUCUGCCGAAAAUCUACCGAAAUUCAGGCGGAGCUGGAGGCCACGCCCCCUCCAGCUCCGUCCGCUUUCCCACAAUAUACACAGCGUGUCUGCCCAAUGACAAUAUAACUGUAGAAUGAUUGAGGGAGAGUUCUUGGUUUGUUAUGUGGGUUUAUUGUUAGACAGUUUCAUUAACGUCCUGCCAGCGCGGUAACAACACACAACAGCAGUCACGUUUUCGUCCACCGUAAAGCAGUUUUCUGCCUUAAACAGCAAUGUUGUGACACUCUUAAACAGGACAAUACUGCCAUCUACUGUACAUGCAUAUGUGACAAUAACAUCUACGGCUUUUAGAGAGUGUAGUGCACAACUACGCACACAACAAGGAGACGAAGAUGGAAGAUUCCAGACUUUAGUGCAUUUGAUUAAAGCACUUUUGUGCGUGCCACACAGCAAUGCAUCAUCAGAGAGGGUCUUCAGCAUGGUUAGAAAAAUAGAGACAGAGAAUAGAAGAAGGAUGGACAAUUCAACCCUUAACAAUGAGUAGAUGAGUGUUAUAUGUGUGUGUAAUGUGUAAAUAAUUGAACACUGAAAU